AGAUAAUUCUCAGUCAGGGGAUGCAGAGGGAAGGGAAGGGAAAGGGACCUGUUAGUUCACCCAAGCCAGAGGGGAGAGGAGGGGCUUGCAGACCCCCCCUUUCCCCCCCAAAGUGACCCUGGGAAAGGAAGAAAGAGCUCUCAGGGAAGGGGAAAACCCCACUUCUCUUUAAUCUCAGCUUUGCUGUGAUGGAUCAACUCUCACUUUGAGCAGCGGGGUGUUUGCAUCCUUGUCUAUCCAAGGAAAGAAAUUAGGAGCAUCUCUUCCUCUUUUGCAUUCAUUCAUUCAUUCACCUUUGACCUGGUGCAUCUAUCAGCUUUGAACGCGAACAAUUCUGCACCUGCUAUGCCUGAGCCAAAGUCAGUAUGUGUUUCUGUGGAUGAAGUUGUCUCCACUGGCACAGACACACAGGAUGUCCAUUUACUCAGUGGUCAUUUUAAAAAGAUGGACAAUGCUUUGACAGAAGCCCAUCGCUUCUCCUACCUUCCACGGAGACCAGCUGUGAACAUUGAAUUCAAAGACCUCUCCUACUCCGUCCAGGAAGGACCUUGGUGGAAGAAGAAAGGUUUCAAGACUCUGUUGAAAGGAAUUUCAGGGAAGUUCAGCAGUGGAGAACUUGUGGCAAUCAUGGGUCCAUCUGGGGCUGGAAAGUCAACACUUAUGAACCUUCUGGCAGGAUACAGAGAGACAGGGAUGAAAGGAGAGAUUCUCAUAAAUGGACAACCUCGUGAUCUGCGUUCUUUCCGCAAAGUCUCCUGCUAUAUAAUGCAAGAUGAUAUGCUGCUUCCACAUCUUACUGUUCAAGAAGCCAUGAUGGUAUCAGCUCAUCUCAAACUUCAAGAAAAAGAUGAAGGCAGGAGGGAAAUGGUGAAGGAGAUUUUGACAGCUCUGGGACUGAUGCCUUGCGCCAAUACUAGAACUGGAAGUCUUUCAGGCGGCCAGAGAAAGCGUCUUGCUAUUGCUUUGGAGCUGGUUAACAACCCACCUGUUAUGUUUUUUGAUGAACCCACCAGUGGCCUGGACAGUGCUUCUUGCUUUCAAGUUGUGUCCCUGAUGAAGGCUUUAGCACAGGGUGGCCGCUCCAUCAUCUGCACCAUACACCAGCCCAGUGCCAAACUCUUUGAGCUCUUUGAUCAGCUCUAUGUUUUGAGCCAAGGGCAGUGCAUCUACCGUGGGAAGGUGUUAAAUCUUGUCCCCUACUUGAGAGAUUUGGGUUUAAAUUGUCCAACAUACCACAAUCCAGCAGAUUUUGUGAUGGAGGUAGCUUCUGGGGAGUAUGGAGACCAAAACAGUCGGCUUGUAAGAGCGGUGCAAGAGCGAAAAUGUGAUACAGACUACAAGAGAGAUUCUGGAGCAGAAAGUGAACUUAACCCUUUCUUAUGGCACAGACCAUCUGAGGAGGAUUCUUCAUCCACAGAGGGCUGUCAUAGCUUCUCAGCCAGCUGCCUUACACAGUUUUGCAUUCUAUUUAAAAGAACAUUUCUUACCAUCAUGAGAGAUUCAGUCCUCACACAUCUACGGAUCACGUCACACAUUGGAAUUGGACUUCUCAUAGGACUGUUGUAUCUGGGGAUUGGAAAUGAAGCUAAGAAGGUCCUCAGCAAUUCUGGCUUCCUCUUCUUCUCCAUGCUGUUUCUUAUGUUUGCUGCUCUCAUGCCAACAGUCCUUACAUUUCCACUCGAGAUGGGUGUAUUUCUUAGAGAGCAUCUCAAUUACUGGUACAGUCUGAAGGCAUAUUACCUGGCUAAAACCAUGGCUGACGUUCCUUUUCAGGUCAUGUUUCCUGUAGCAUACUGCAGUAUUGUAUACUGGAUGACAGCACAGCCCUCCGAUGCAUUACGCUUUGUCUUGUUUGCAGCACUGGGGACAAUGACCUCACUUGUAGCUCAGUCAUUGGGACUUCUGAUUGGGGCAGCAUCCACCUCUCUCCAGGUGGCAACAUUUGUAGGUCCUGUCACAGCCAUCCCAGUUCUACUCUUCUCAGGAUUCUUUGUGAGCUUUGAUACCAUCCCAGCAUACCUUCAAUGGAUGUCCUACAUCUCUUAUGUCAGGUAUGGAUUUGAGGGUGUCAUUCUUUCAAUCUAUGGUUUGGAUCGAGAGGAUCUUCAUUGUGACAAGGAUGAGACUUGCCAUUUCCAAAAAUCAGAAGCCAUCCUCAAAGAGCUGGAUGUCGAAAAUGCGAAACUAUAUUUGGAUUUUAUAGUACUUGGAAUUUUCUUUAUCUCCUUACGCCUCAUUGCCUACUUUGUUCUCAGAUAUAAAAUUCGAGCAGAAAGGUAAAGAUAAUGCAAAUGCAACAGCAUGCAGAUAUGGACUGUUUUUAUUUGUCUGAUUGUGACAGACAAGUCUCCAGUGCCCAGGUGCAAGUGAUAUUGUGAUCUAGUUGCUAGAAAACCAUGUCAUGUUGGAUUAGCAGGUGCAUAGGUACAGUAACAAUUUUGGUUGGAUUUGGUCAUACUUGUAUUAUAUUUUCUAGCUUUAUUUGAGAAAGAGAAUGGAAUGCAGAUUCACAUUUAAAUAAUACUGGGAUCAACCACAGAAACUUUCUCUUAUGGAAACGGAUUCUUGUAAGAUUGCCGUUGUGCUAACAGCAAGGCAAAAAGCGACUAGAGAUCUUUUGUCUAUGUUUCAUUGACUAAAGACAUGGAAAUGUGAUGGAAUGUAGGGUCAACUCUUCCUGUCUCAUCUAGACUUCAUCUUUGCAAGUUUCCUCAUUUCUGCAAGCUUUUCCCCACAAGAAAUACCAUAUGAAAACCGAAGCCUUCCGGUUCCUCAAGCUGUAAGAUUGUCUCUUUCAAGUGAAUUGAUAUAUUUGGGGGAUUUGGGGCAUACAAGUAAUAUGAUAUUUGUUGUUCUCCUUUACAUGCUGAGUUAUGGUGCUUUGUACUCAUGAGCUGGUCUCAAGCCCCUCAAAUUGUAAUAUUAGAAUGAAAGUGGAUGCUAUAGAAGAAUGUAGGGUUGCCAUUUCAGAAGUGACUUGAAGGCACAAAAUAAAAAAUAAGUGUAAACGAUA